ACGGCACCAACUAGUAGUAGUCACCAGCAAGGCCGAGAAGUGAGAUUAUCAGAUGGCGCGAGGGCUCAUCCUGACAACGCAAGCGAGAGCCACCACCACUUCCUUCACAACAAGACUUUCAGUUUCAAAACCCAAAUGCAAAAACCCUCUUCCUUAUCGUCUCCAUCUACCUUCCCGUGUAUCCUCAACUCGCUUCUUUUGCUGCAAAUGUUCGGUUUCCCAAGACCCAAUCGUCAUCACCGAAUACAAGCAGUCUUUCUCUCAGCGAAUGGCUAUGGCUGGACUCAAGCCUCACCACCGUAUUGCUAUAGGAGUAUCCGGUGGCCCUGAUAGCAUGGCACUUUGUUUCCUAACUGCUGGUUGGAAAACUGAUGGUGCUAAUGCUGUUGGCAAAAGUGAUGAUGGUUUUAUUAAUGGGAUUUUGGGGGUAAUUGUUGAUCAUGGGCUGCGAGAAGAGAGUAAUGAGGAGGCACAUAUUGUUUCUAGUCGAGUUACUGAAAUGGGAAUCAGAUGUGAGAUUGCAAAGUGUAGUUGGUUGGAUGGGAAGCCUAAACAAGGUCACUUGCUAGAAGAGGCUCGAGAGAAGAGGUAUGAAGUGUUCCAAAAUGUUUGCACUAAACAUCAGAUUGAAGUGUUGCUUAUUGCACAUCAUGCGGAUGACCAGGCCGAGUUGUUCAUUCUUAGACUAUCUCGCAACAGUGGCGUGCUUGGACUUGCCGGCAUGGCAUUUACUUCGCAAAUGUUCUCCAAAAGCACCCAUCUUUACCGUGAAGGUUCAAAGAACAAAGGGAUACUAAUAGUGAGACCACUCUUGCAUUUUUCUAAAGAAAUUUUGUACAAGAUAUGUCAAGAGUCUGGCCAGGAUUGGGUGGAAGAUCCAACAAAUCAAAACACAGUAUAUGCUCGGAAUAGGAUUCGAAUGUCAUUAGGAAAUUUGUCAUCAUAUACCUUCCAGUCUGAACUACAAGGUGUGAUUUCUGCCUGUCGAAGAACACGUGCAUAUGUUGACCAAAUUUGUAAUAAUUUGAUAAAUCAGGCUGUGACCAUCAUAGAUCAGCAUGGGUAUGCCAUCAUCGAUUUAGAGAUUCUUAAUCCAUCAAAAGUUACAGAUAUAUGCCUGUCAAAGUUUGUUGCGUUGAUCUUGCAGUAUGUCUCUCAGAGGAACAGGCCCAUUAGAGGAAGUACUUCAAAAUUGUUGUUACACUACAUUCGCACUGUCCCAUGCAAGACCUCCUUUACAGCUGCUGGAUGUUACCUUUGUCCAGCUCCUCGGUCUAGGGGGACAAAAAUCCUUGUUUGUUGUUCUGUUGAUUGUCCUCUGAAUUCAAAAAUGGAAUUGAUUUACCCUUUUUUAAAUGGAGAACAAAAGCAUUAUUUCCGAAAUGAGUUGGAGCAAAUUAUAGCUGAUGGAAAAUCAUAUUCAAAUCAUUUUGUUCCAGAUGCAUCAGAUGUGCAUUUUUUAGAUGCAUCUGAAUCAGUCAUAAGUGAAGCCAAAACACUCAACAUUAUCAGUGAGUCAACCUAUAGAGACAUUCUUUUACUGAAGAGGGAAGAAAUCAAACAUUUCAAGCAUAAAGUUGAAGAUAAGGUGGACUAUAAGUCAAAAAAUAAGGUUGAAUCUAUCAUUGCAUCCCCAAGUGAACUACUUCAGCCUGGAAAAGCAUGUUAUUUCAUGAACAGGUUCUGGAUCACAUGGAAACUGAGCAACCAUGUUUCUGUCGGUGAAGGGACAGAAAAUUGUGUUGCGGAUUUAGGAGGGGAAAGUCAGGAAUGCCAUAGCUGUUCUUGCAGGAUUGGUCAUGACAAGGUUGCUGAGGUGCGGCGCAUGAGCGAAUCUGAUUGGCUUUAUCUUGCUAAGUUGUCAAAGUGCCCAAGUUUGGAUAACUUGCAACAGCAAAAAGUUCUUUCAUCCAGUACAAUGGAGCAAAUAUCAGAGAAGAGAAGCCUGCAUUUGGAAAAUCUGGAGCUAUCAGCACAAAAAGCUCUUGAAGUGUUGAAAUCGAUACCAGUUGCUGCUAGAAGAAGCCUCCCAGUCCUAGUCAAUCAUCAAGGACUUUUACUUAGCAUCCCGAGUAUUGGCUUCAAGCACUGCCCUUGUUUGAUGGUGUCUUGCGAAUUCAAGCCAAUAGUGCCACUUGGGGGAGGUCACAGCUCAUUCAUGUAAUCUUGAGUCAUUAAUAUGUUGUCAGGACCAUUCCAAUGAACCUUUUAUUACAAAAAUCAAGCUGCUACGUAACAGAGCAUUGGAGGUUAUUUUCAAGCACAUAUACAGGGAGGGCAAUACCUGUGCCGAUUGGCUUGCCAAGUCCGAGUUUGCUGAGCUCAUGGGUUAAGAUGGUACGAGGUUAACUCGGUAUGAGAUGCCACCUCAAGAUUUUAGAACCCUUGUUGGGUGAUUGUAUGUGAAUUUCUACCCCCAAGAGCCUCAAUUUUGUCCCUAAUUUUUUCCUAUUUGUAGUUUGAGAUUUCUAAUAUUACCCUUUUAAUUUUCUGAAAGUUUCAAUAUUAUUCCUAA